AAGUAUGAAUUAACGUGACAUUGAUUGGUUAUUAGAUACGGAAGUUCUCUUUGCUUUUUUGUCAACUACUCGUAGUACUAGAAUCAGAAAUGAAAAACUACUGUUUUUAUACAUGUGAAGUAGAUCACUUUUGGUAUCAAACCUCAAAAUGUGUGUGCCCAAAACUCCGGGCCGUUUUUCGGUGGCUUUUUUAAAAAAAAAAGUAGAAGGGCGAAAAAAAAAGCUUUCCCUCUUCUUUAUAGUAUCCUUUGUACAAUGUCAAACAAACUUGCUAACGAUACUGAUAGUGACGUAUCUGAACUUGAUCCUAAAGAGUUGAGUGAGGCUCUUACUUUUGACAAGUUUGCUCCUCAACUUGGUUAUGCCGAAGACCCUGAAUUUCCCUUGACGGCAGAAACUUUUCCUAGUAAGUCUGGUGGAAAGCCCGCUUGGUUAAAUCCUGAAACUAUUUUGACCGUUGACGAUGUUACUUGUCGAAACUGUGAACAGCCCAUGAGUUUAUUAUUACAACUUUAUACACCUGAAGAUCAACCUACAGAAGCUUUCCAUAGAACAGUAUACGUAUUUUGUUGUAAGAAGGGUGGUUGUAUUAAACAGGAUUGGACUCGUAGUUUCAAAGUGUUCCGAUCUCAAUUAGCACGCGAGAACCCAUAUUAUCCCCCACCUGUAGAAUCUGACAAUGAAGAUGAAGAGAAUGAAGAGUUUACACCAAAGACUUUCAAAGCACCUGUGCAAUGUGUGAUUUGUGGACUUGGAGGAGCCAAAGCAUGCGGAAAAUGUGGCAUGACAGCUUAUUGCUCACGUGAACAUCAAAUGACAGAUUGGAAUAUGUGCAGACAUAAGGAGUUUUGCAACAAGCCAAUGACAGAGGCCGAUAAAAAAGUAGUGGAAGAACUUCGUGCGUCUCGCAUCUUUACUGAAAAGGAAAUUGUGAGUGAGCCAGAAGGAAAAGGAGAGGAUGCUGAAGAAGAGGAAAGUCAGGCAGCAUUUUUCAAGGAAAAUAACCCAGAUGAGCCUUCUUCUGACUCGAGAGCCUUAGUACUUGCGGGAGAUGAAGCAGAAGAGGAUACACAAGUGGCAGUAGAUGAUACUUUCUUACAAUUUCAAUUAAGAAUUCAACUUUAUCCUGAUCAAGUGAUUCGUUAUGAUCGUGUAGAAUAUGAUAUGCCUACUCGUGAACCAUUAUGGGUACAAGCAAAUUAUAAACCGGAAUCUAUACCCGCUUGUGAACUUUGUCAUGGUCCUCGUACCUUUGAAUUCCAAAUCUUGUCCACCUUGUUAAAUUUCAUUGGCGUUAAUCAUAUCGCUGCUGACUCUUUAGAUUGGGGUUCUCUUUUUGUUUACACAUGUAAGAAAAAUUGUGCUUUAGGAGACAAAGUAUUUGCUGAAGAAGUGCUCUGGAAGCAAGACUUUUCUGCUGAUGGUAUGCAACUUGGUCCUAAAGAAGCUGAAAUCUUGCGUCGCAAAAACGCCGCUGCCCAUUAG